AUGGAAUCAAGUCAAGAUAGUGUUCUUAAAGCGGUAGAUGCAGUUGAAGAAAAAACAAACUAUGCAGUAGAUGUAAUAGGCAACUCUAGCAUUGGUAAUUACAUUCCUCUUGAAGUGAAGUACCUAUCGCUUUAUGAAAUGACGGAGUAUUCGAUGUUUUUCACAAUACUCGAGAUUAUUCCUGUGUACUUGAUGGCACAUGCAGAUGGAAAAAGUACGUUUACUCACAUCAUGGGCACGAUUUUUAUUAUCAUUGCAAUGCUAUCUAUAGGACUUAGUCUUGCUGCAUUCUAUACAAAAAUGUUUGAACUGUACAAAUACGUUGUAAUAAUGUCUAUGACGAAGGUCCUGAUCGCAUCGAUCAUUGUAAUUUUCCUGAACCUUAGUGACUGGUACAUUGUUAUUCUUGCAUUGAUCUAUGCAUUGAAGAUUGUUGGAUUCGAAGGGCUGUUUCUGUACUAUCUUGCCAUUCUGUUCAGAAGGUCUCAGUCUGAUGAGUAUGAUGACCGUGGCGAAAAAAUCAAGAUAGAGGAGCGUGCAAUGGAAGAAGUAUGA